GGCAAAGGCAGUCUAGUGCGAGCAGUCAGUAGUGAACGAUGGAUGUUAGUGAUUGAGUAGUGAAAAAAGAGUGAACCUUGAAGUUGAAACCUUUCUGUUAAUGCUGCCCUGGAAUAUCACAGAGUAAAUAAUAUACUUCGCUCUCAGAAGACUUAUUAUCUUAUUUAGUUUGUUCACACAUCGAUAAACAGUGCCUUUAUUAAAUUAAACUUAAGUUUAAGAUUAUAAGUUGAGUAAAAUGUCAUUCUGCAGAUUCCUUGGAUUUGGCUUAAGGCCAUACUUAAAUGUUUCUUCAGAAUGUAGUGUUAUGAAAAGAUUAUUUGAAGUUAAAAAUGCACCUGAAGCUUCUAGUUAUGUACUUCUGAAGAAGUUCAGUUCAGAAACUGAGAAAAAAACUUCCAAAAACCAUGAGAUUGUUUAUAUAGGACCUCUUACAAGACAAAUCAGAAGUGUUAAGUUAUUUUCUCUUCUCUCCAGUUUUACAGGAGUUUUUGCACAACCUGUUAUUUAUGAAAAAGCUCAAGAAAUUGGAACUAGUACACCCAUGCUAAUUGCUGUAUGUUCCUUUGUAGGAUUUUUUACUUUUGUUACUCCUGUGCUUCUUCAUUUUAUAACAAAAAAAUAUGUCACAUCAAUAGAAUACAAUUCAAAGGAUGACUCAUACAAAGCUUCUAUCUAUACAUUGUUUAUUAGAAAAAAAGAAAUUUCUUUCAAACCUGGAGAAGCUGUUGUUCCUGAUGUCUUGGGAAUGUUUACUUCUAUGACCAUUCGUGGGAUUCCUCUCUUUAUUGAUGCUAGAUUUUUUGAUGAUCUCCAUCAUUAUAAGAAAAUAAUGGGUUAUGACAAACCAAUGGACUUUAAAAUCAACAACACUGAAAAAAAGAAUAUCACAGAGUCUCAUUAGUAUUGAUACGUGAAACGUUAGACUAGUAUAAAAUUAACUUUGUGUUAAUUUGUAGUCAAUCAGAUGUAAGCUUGACAUUAGAAUUCUAUUUUAGUCAAUUUGUGGUAAAAUAUAUGGAGCAAUUUGAGCUAUUUUUCAUAUUUUAUUAGUUAUUUUUGAAUAUAUUGAUUAGAUAAAUAAACUUUUUUUUUAGUGUAUAGCUGUCAUUUUUAAUUUGACUGUUGCUAAGUGAUUUUCACAAGGCUUCAACAUGUAGCUAUUUAUUACUUUAAAAAGGCUGAUUGGCUUUAGACAUUUCUAAAUCCAGCCUUUUUUUGUUUAUUCUUUUAAAAGGAAAUAAUGUUAUGUUGUAGAUUUUGUAUUAUGAUGCUUGUGUAUGAAGCUAAGGAAUAUAAUAAGAUAAAAAAUGAACGCGAGGUCUCAAACUUUUGAACUGGAAAUCGGAGGCCUUCAGGUCGAUGAAGCAGUCGCUAGUAUUUUUCACUCUGUACUAUUUCAUCGUACACUUGGAAAAUUCUCUUACAAGCAAGAAGGAAGUUAUUCAGUUGGCAAUGUUGGCUAUGAAGACGUGGAUUGUGAUUUCAUCGAUUUCACUUAUGUAAGGUGUUCUUCUGAUCAUUUAGAUAGAACCCUGAAACGAGAAAUCACAGGAUUUUCAGAAGCCUUGAGAGGCAGUGAUAGCCCUUGUUCUGGCCAAAUUUCUUUAGAAUUCUUUCAAAAAAGAAAAACAAGAUGGCCAUUUCAGCCAGAAUGUAUUCCAUGGGAAGUAUGGAAUCUUCGUUUACAAUUAAUGAAAAUUAAUACAGAAAGUGACAGGCAAAUGUGUCGAGAAAGAGUUGGUGAGUUAUUGACUGAAAAAAUAUUGUAUAUUGCUGAAGUGAUGAACAGACAUGACUAUGUCCCAAAAAUGCCAAGUCAUUCAGAAGUUGAUCUCAUCUUCGAUACAUCGUAUCCAGAUAUCCAACCUUACUUAUUUAAGUUAUACUUUGCCAUUGCUGGACCUUCCACAUUGUCUGUUGGUCGGACUAUGAAAAAGAUAAUUAAAGAAACUCUUUCUAUUUAGAAACUUAAUUUUAUGGGAUGUAUAUAAAAGUUCAUUAUUUUUUAAUAUUACAAUAGAUAUCACAUGAAAAAUUGUGAAAUCAUAAGAAUUUUUGUAUGACAUUUAGUUGUCAGUGUAUUUAGGCCUCUCCAAAUUAAGCAUAUUCAUUUCUUCAUGUUUAUUUUGCUCAAUUAUUGGACAUGGUAUCAAUACUUAAAAAAUUGAUUUCAAAUUAGAAAGUUGAUUAUAAAUUAUUUUAUUUGAUUAGUUAAAUUCAUUAGCUAUC